AAGACCUGGAGUGUGCCCUCGAGACUUUCAUUCACGCACUCACUCACUCGACUUCAGUCACUCGACCCUCGCUCGUCUUCACUAGUCGCCCCAUUCAGCAAGUAUGAGGUCAACGCUCUUGUCCCUCGUUCUCCUUCUCGAAGCCACACUUGCGCAAUCCAUUAGCGGCGGCAGUGCAUCUAUCUUGCCAAUCGCAGCUCCCUCACUGGCGCCAGCGAUCUCAGGAUCUAUUCCAGUUGCCCCUGCCAGUGAUGCCGCGUCAGGCUCAGGUGUCGCUCCAGCAGCGCCAACACUCGCCCCUGCUGGCUCCAUGGCUGGUUCGAUGGCCGGAUCUAUGGUCGGUCCUUCUGGCUCAGGUAUCGCCAGUGGCUCUGGCAUGGUCCUCCCGCCUGCACAAUCUUUGGCACCUGCACCUGCGCCGGCACCUGCUCCUGCCCCUGCCCCUGCUCCAGUAGGCGGCUGCCCUGCUGCCCCUGCCGUUACUGGCGUAUUGACGACCGCAAUUGCAACUGCCGUCACAGUCACACAGACCUUCACAUGCGGCGGAACCGUGUUUGUGCAACCUUCGGUUACGACCAUUGUCAUUCCCAUUACACAGACCGUCGUUAUUAAGCCAGGAUCCGCUGUCGCUUCUCCUGUCGGAGCAGGCAAUGGUGCUGGCGUAGUCAACGGCUCACCUGGCUCCAACUCUGGCGUGAGCCCAGGGAGCAGCCACCCAGGCGGCUCCAACCCAAAAGCUGCCAAUGGUGACACAGUUGUCGUGUACAAGACGGUCGUUACCCAGCAAGUUGUGGUCAACAACGGCUACCCUGUCACCAACACGAUUGUCUCAACGGUAACAUCUACUGUCGGCCAGAUCUCGGUUGUCACUAUUCUCCCUCAAGCUGGCACGAUCCAAGUUAUCGUCCAGGUCAUCAUUGUGCCACAAAUCACAUUCAUUAGCGGCCAGACUUCGACUGUUUACGUCACUCGCACUGUGACCAACUCAUUCUCUACAGCAACUACAAUCACUGUUACUGUCCCAGCUGGCGACAAUGGUAUCGGCGCAGUCCCACAGAGCGUAGCAAGCUCUCUGCCAGCAGGCAGCAUGUCUUCUUUGCCGCCUAUGCCAGCCAUGACCCUCGCCCCUGGUGGCGGCUCUAACGGCAUUGCUCCUGGCUCUGGAUCUAUGGGCUCCGUGGGCUCCAUGUCUGCCUCAGUCUCCGGCAUGCCUGGUGGCAUGGUCCUUCUUCCUGCUGCGACUGGCUCCGCCUCUGUUGCACCAAUUAGCGGCAGCAUGGUCCUUCCUCCUGCAGCAUCAGGCUCUGCAUCUGGCGUCGCCGGCGGCAGCAUGGUCCUUCCUCCCGCUGCCUCUGGCUCAGCUUCUGUUGCUGGUGGCGGCAGCAUGGUUCUUCCUCCUGCCAGCUCAGUCUCUGGCGGUACCCCAACCAUGCAGACUCUUGCACCUGCACCUGCUGCAAACGGCGGUCUCCCAGGCCUCGGCGAUGUCGUUGCAUCUCUCGGCGGUACUUUGAACGGCGUCCUCACCCAGAUUCUCCCACCAGCAAUUGCUACGAACUUGCCCAACUUGGGUCAAUUGCCAUCCGUCACUGACUUGACUGACCCUGGCUUCGUUCAGGGUGCUGUGCAGUCGCUCGGUGGUACUUUGAACGGUGUCCUCACUCAAGUUCUCCCAGCAGCCGUUGCCACAAACUUGCCAAACCUCGACAGCUUGCCAUCCGUCACUGACUUGACUGACCCUGGCUUCGUGCAGGGUGCUGUCCAGUCGCUCGGUGGUACUUUGAACGGUGUCCUCACUCAAGUUCUUCCAGCAGCCGUUGCCACAAACUUGCCAAACCUCGGCAGCUUGCCAUCACUCAGUGACUUGACUGACCCUGGCUUUGUGCAGGGUGCUAUUCAGUCGGCCAUUGGUAACUUGGGUCCUCAGCCAACGCUCCCUGCUGCACCAUCGAACCCAUUGCCAGCAGCACCAACCUCCAACCCACUACCAGCAGCACCUACUUCCAACCCAUUGCCAGCGAUUCCUACUUCCAACCCGCUAGCAGAUGCGUUGCCAACCAUGCCAGCACUCGCCAUUCCUACCUCCAACCCUCUUGCAAACGCUCUACCAACACAACUCACAAACAACCUUCCCGCUCUUCCGGGUCUUGGUCGUCGAGAAGCAAAGCCUAUGCGGGCUGCUGAAGCGGAUAGACGUGCUGCGCCGCGACGAGGAUUGGUCAAUGCCUAGUUGUUUUCUUAAGGAGUCAGGCACGAGUGACACGGUCUAGAUGGAGUCACGUAUUUUUAGCAUUUCAUGUAAUCACAAAGUCCAAUUAUCAAGCAACGAUCAUUGAGCUCAAGUGUACAAGAGAGUGAAGCAUAGGGUGAUCGUGAUUUGA